UCUACACCCACCGCCUUGAUCGAAGCUGAUUUCUUGCAGCACGCUCAAAGUUGGUGAUGGCGUUGUCCUUUGCCUUCCUUCUUUGGCAGCAGCCUCCGGCCUCCAACGGUGUGAGUUUUGUUGGCGCGAAACCCAGGUCCGCUGUGGUACAGCGUGGCCCGGUGCUUUGCCGCCCAGCUCUUCCACGCCGUACCCCUCGGGCCUCUCAAAACGUGGCCACGUUUCCACGUCGAGGUCUUGCAUUCUGGGCAGUGCUUGGCUCCCUCGCCUCUGUGAGCGUUCUCGUUCCUUUUUUAAUCUUCCAGGGGAAGCUGACUCUCCACAUGGCCCUGUUGCUGAAGAAACUGGUCCAGGUGGCACAGGAUCACAAGUACAAACUCCAAGCUCUGUCCAUGCUGCCAUUUUUCAGACUCUUCUUGAUGUACGGUGGCUGUGGGGCUGUCACAACAGCAGUGCUGGUCGUGACACUUCGGCGAACGCUUUGGCAGUCAGGUCGCUUCUCAAGGUCCAAGGCAAGUCAAAACGUCAAGCCUUACGCUAUGGCGAUCCAGCCAUAUCCGAAACAUCCUGAUGGUUCGCCCACUAUCACCAUGGACUCCUACCGCAAGUUGGAAGUGAUCGACCAAGAUGACCUUUACAAGACUUUCGAUGGCUCCAGAAAAUCUUGGGAGAAACUGGCCGUGUGCUUGUGCCACAUGUCGAAAGUGGGCCACCCUUGGAAGUCUUUUGUGGCUAAGCUGCAGGGGCAUCCAGUCUUCCAGGCCCUCGCUGAGCGUGACACGGUGACAGACACAUCUUUGUUCUUGUGGCUGCGGCACGUCUCGGAUAAGGAUGUAAAAAGGCAUUUGAUGCGUGAACUCGUGAAACACCAGCCAGUGCCACUAGCAACCGCAUGGCCACAAAAAUGUUUUUUGGACGAACUCCUUUGGACCAUGAUGGCAGCUCCUGCCUUGGUAAGCUUGAAGCUGAAUUCCAAUGUGGAAGGUGUUUCCAAUUAUUUGAACCAGAUCUUUGACACCGACUUCGCUCGCAAAGGGUCAAGAUUUGGAGAGUCUCAGCAUCCAUUUGCCCAGAUCCAAUUUGAUGCCGAUAUGAAACCCGAGAGCCGCCGGCACUUUGCAGUCAUUGACGUACAUGGCACAACCACUCCGAAAGGAUUAUGGCCUCUGGAACUGGCAAAAUCCUGUCAGUUUCUGCUGCUUCACAUCAAGGAGAAAGAUCUGAAAUCGCGUGAAGUUCAGUCAUUUGUGAAGGACAUAUCCACAGGUACCCAAUGCAAAUGUUUGUUUAUCAUGAUCUGGGAUGAUGUUUGUUUGGAAGUGCGCGAAGAUCCCCAGCAAGGCUUCGACGAUGAAAAGGUCCACAUUCUCCGCAUCCCAGCUUCGGAAGCAAAAAACGUGACUGCGUCUGAUCCUCCUUCCAUCAAGAUUCGGCAACAGCUGUAUCCUGAGCUGAAGGAACGUCUUGAUCAAGACGAUCUGAAACAGUCUAAGCCAAUGCUUCGGGUGAACGACCUACGAAAGGUGAUGAAUGCAGAGGAGCCACCACUUUGGGAAAGUUUGCGAAGCAUCGCCACAUCCUGCGCGGACAGCUUUUGUAGCCAUGACGAUGGCCUGCUCAACAGAAGAUUUCCAAUGAUGCAUCUCUACCGUGAGCUGUGCCAAGUGGAGCGUGACCUGACUUCAAGCGAAAGGACUGACAACCGCCAUGAAGCUCAAGACCUCAGAGAAAAACGACAGGAACUGCAGCAAAAACAGAAGACUGUGAAGCCCAGCAACCUCGCUGAGGAUUUUGUGAAGAUCCUGGUUGCUGAGAAUAGUGAAGCCAACCUUGAGCAGCUCUACAAAUUUAUGGCGGAAGAGUUUGCGCAACGUGGGAAGCAAGAUGUGCAUGUGCAACUUGCGAUGAGUUAUCUGCACAAAGAAGUCAUUCAGCUGUAUUCCCAUAGCGAAGAGCUGAAAGACAAGGAUGGCGUUGUCGAAGCGUAUGAAAAGCUUGUGUGGAAGGGGAUGCCUUUUGAGAUGCUUGAUGGUGAGCACAUGCAUUUUCCUCGCAAAUUCCUUGCAGAUCUCUUCAAGUGUUUGAACGAGCGUGUGGGGGAGAAGCAACUGCAAGUUUGUAGUACAGUUGGCCCUCAAAGCUCUGGCAAAUCCACGCUGAGCAACCACCGAUUCGGCAGCCGUUUUGGUGUCUCCGCAGGUCGUUGUACUCGAGGAAUCUUUGGAAGCUUUAAGGUGACGGACAAUUUUUUGGUCUUGGUCCUUGACACAGAAGGGCUGCAAUCUGCGGAGCGGGCUGAUCCAGAAUUUGAUCGCAUCAUGAUGCUCUUCAUUUUUGCAGUGUCCCAUUACAUCGACAUCACGGUGAAGGGUAACAUGACCGAACCGUUGAAGAAGCUGAUCCAAGUCUGCGUCCACGCGUGGAAGGAACUUGAAAUCCACAAAGUGCCACAACCCAACACCAAAUGGAUCAUGAAUCAAGAAGCUGUUCAAGACAGACAGCAUCACAAGGAGUCUUUCCAGAAGAUGUUUGAAGAGCUAAAGGAGGUGUUCAGUUCAGAUGAUGAUGUGAAAUCCUUACGAGAUUUCUUGAAACUUGAUGGCCAUUCCAUCAACCAUUCCAUCGCAACAGUGCCUACAAUGUAUUCAGAAUCCACCUUUGUCACAAAUGCAGAGCCUGAAAAGUUCACUCGUCUCAUGAAAGCAGACAGCUUCACCGAAGCUUGUGCUGACCUUACUCGAAAGAUGCUGGACCACUUCCACACAGCCAGGAAGGAGGAGUUUAGCUUGGACAAUUGGCUCGACAUGUCUUUGGCAGUCUUCCAAGCAAUUUGUUGGUUUCCGACCCUCACCAGCUUUUCUGAUAUCAAGCAAAUCAAUCAGAGGAAGCAAAUGAGAAGUUGGAUUGAAUGCAUGAUGGACAGCACCUUCGAGACUCCAGAGAAAAAGCAGAAACAUGACAAAGUCAAAGGUGCCUUGUGGCAGGAAUGCCGUGAAGCAGGCGAAGCUUCGAUCAAGCAAGAGCUGCCCGUAAAGCUCAAGCAACUUGGUGUUUUUUCAAGUUUUGCCAAGCAUUUUUUUCAAAAGAGUGAGACUCUAUUUGAGGCUUGUGAGGCAUUGAAUUGA